CGCCUAUUCUACGAAAUUCAAGUUCAUAUGAGGGUUUGCUCGCGUGAAUAAGGCAGAAUAACGAGUUAAAGGGGGUGCGUUGUUGGCAUUUUUAUUUUAUUUUUUUGGUUUUGUAUUUUGAUGUGUUACGGAAUUAUAAAUUAUAACUAUUUAUGGGUGGAUAACUUCAGUUAAAACAAAAAAAGGGGAUCACGCAAUUAAAACACGUCUCUAUUCCAGAGUUACUGUCUUAUUUACGCACAGUUUUAAUUUAAUUUAUAAUUUAUAAGCACUUAAAGAGGAAUUGCGGGGUCCCACAUCCUAAAAAGAAGUUGAUGCACAUGAAUUCCAAGUCGACAGAGAUGGACGUCGCUGCUCUCCAAAGGCUCUUUUCGACCUGCGACAUUAAUAAAUCGGGCAGGAUCGAGUACGAAGACUUCACAGUCGUUUGCAAGGAGCUCAGUGUUCCCAACGCAGAGAUCAGCGCUUUGUUUAAGAAGUUUGAUGUGGACGGAGACGGAUACAUUAACUUUGGCGACUUUUCGUCCAGAUACAAUGAGGUUUCCGAAACUCUGGAUAUCGCCUCACUGGGGCAGCCCACGAGAAGCGCUUGGGAGGAAUUUGAGGAAAAGCUGGAUGGUGGGAUAGUCUAUUUGGGAAGGACCCGGGACCCUGUAGUGGAACUGUAUCAGCAGAUCUGCAGCUUGGAUCCCUCCCUGCUCCAGCAGUAUGAGGAGCUGGUCAGGGUGCUUGUGGGUGAGAACAGGGAGCACCAGCUGGAGAACCAGCAACUGGAGAGCAGCCUGAGACGGACGGAGGAGGCGACGGCGCGCCAGCUGGCUGAGCUAGAAGAAGACCUGCAGCAGCAGCUUGUCCUGCUCGAGCAGAGGGUGCGUGAGGAGGAGCACCUGAAACUGGAGACGGCUGUCGAGGCGAUGCAGAAGAAACACGAGAGCGAAGUGGCAGACGUGCAGGCUGCUGUCGACAAGCUGAGAAAGCUCCAGGACGACUCCCAGCAGCUCAGUCCCAGCGUGGAGGUCCAGCGCCUGAGGGGCCAGAUCCGGGAGAUGACAGCGGAAAAUGAGUGUCUGCGGAGCUCACUCAACCAAACCCAGACUACAGUUUCCGUCCUGCAAGCCGAGCUGGACAGACUGAAGAAUGAGAGUUCGGACGAAAGGUUGCAGCACGAGCGGGAGACGGAGCACUUGAAAGCCAUGUUGAUGGAGUGUCAGUCCUAUUCCAGUCACAUAGCUGUUCUCCAGGAAAUGAAUAAGAAGUUGUACGACAGCAAUGAUGGCUUGCGCUCUGCCUUGGCCCAGAACAUACUUGUAAAUAAUAGGAAGCCUUCCAGGAAAGAGAGCUCAACCAGAAGGCUGAAGCCUAUUCGACAGAGUACGCUGAAACGCAUCAGGUGGCGAUUUUCACUUUCUGCUUUCCUGUUCCUUUCCUGUUGUGAUGUGGUUCUCCGGUCAGUCAUGCGCACUUGCUUCCCAAGUUCUGUAGAUGAGAGCAUGGAUAGUGACCCCAGCAAGGGCAGGUACUCCCAUGUGGCCUCCUGGGCGGAUAAAUACCUGGACAGUGGCGUGUCCAUCACCACGGAGACGGCAGCCAGCUCGUACGACAGUGACGACAGCCGGCAGUCCGUGGAGACGGUGCACCACAGCUAUUCCUGCGCGUUCUCAGAUGCUGAGGUGUCUGAAUUGAAGUCAGAGAUGGGGAUUUCGGCAGCAGUCAGCCGUUGUGGCUCCAUCGCCUCAUCCAUUCGUAGGCGCCUUUCUGCCUUCCCCGCACGGCACGCAGAGAAAGACAUCCCCGAUGGUGAGGUGACAGGCCCUAUGUACAGAGUGGUCCUGGCUGGGGAUGCCGGGUCUGGGAAGUCCAGCUUCUUACUGAGGCUGUGCAAGAAUGAAUUCAGAGGAGACAUUCAAACCACACUAGGAGUAGAUUUCCAAAUGAAGAGGAUGCUGGUUGAUGGGGAGAAGACUACUCUGCAGAUCUGGGACACUGCUGGACAAGAGAGGUUUCGCAGUAUUGCACGGUCGUACUUCCGCAAAGCUCAUGGAGUUCUCCUGCUGUAUGACGUUACAUCAGAGUCCAGCUUCCUCCACAUCCGGGAGUGGGUGGAUCAAAUUCGCGAUGCCACAGGUGAGCUGCUGCCCUUGUGUAUAGUUGGAAACAAGGUGGACCUCAGGGUUGAGCAACCAGCCGGUGCCAGUGUUAGCAGAGUGAAUGGAGAGAAGCUAGCUAUGGCGUACAGUGCCCUCUUCUGUGAGACGAGUGCCAAGGAGGGCACCAACGUGGUCGAGGCCGUCCUUCAUCUCGCCAGGGAAGUGAAAAAGAAUGAGAGGAUGAGGCGGAAGUCUGAGCCCAAGGUGAAGCUUAGCAUAGCAGAUGGGAAGAGGGCAGUCGGCAAUUGCUGCAGUGUGUAGAUGGACGCUGACGCCAUCUAGUGAUGGCCAGGUGAAGCUGAAUGAACCCCUUGCUGUAUUUUCUGACCCCACUAGAUGGUGCUUUGUCCAAAAAAGGGUUCAAAGCAUGUCCCAAAUCAACCCAAGAGCACCAUCUAGUGGGGUUAAAAGAAUACAGCAAAUGGUUCAGGAAGCUUCAUUUGGCCAUCACUGCCAUUCCUCCAGUUGAAGAAUUACAGCAUUGUUGUUUCUGUGUAAGGAAGUUUUCAAUUCAAUUGCUAUACUUUUUAAUCCCCAAGUAAUUUUAUUAUUAUUAUUAUAAUUAUUAUUAUUAUUAUUAUUAUUAUUUUACCAUUUUAAACUCUAAACUGCUGUUAAAAAAUGUUUCUGGAGGAUUGUUCCAAGAAUGUCACAAGUGUUGCAAGGAGAUUUGAAACCAAUUGUAAAAACAGAACUGCAUGAAGAAUGUUUAAGUAACUUUUUAGAAUCGAUUUUCAGUAUAUUGUAUGUAAAUUCUGUGUAUGUUGUGCAGAUUUUCCGUUGUCCUGCAGAGAAAGUUAUUUUAAUUUUAUAAAUAAAAAUGUGUCUCUGUCCUUUAAA